AUGGCCUUUCAGCAAGGCAACCCCGAUGAUUACUGGCCGUUUACCAUAGCCCGGAGCGACGGCCAGGGGUAUGCUAACCUCGACCACUUCCCCCUCGACCCCAACCUCGUCUCCGACUCGGCGCAGUCCGAGCGCUGGCUUGUCAUCGUUGCUGGGCAUCUCCAGCACCAGAUAGGACCUAGACAAGACAAGAGACAAUUCAUUCUCUCCGAAUUCCCCCACGGGUACGAGCUCCGGUGUGCUCCAAGAAACAGCACACAGAGGGACUACUACCUCUACGGUCACCCAGCGGGGGCCAAGGCCCAUUACCGCACCCCAGGCGAGUUCGCUCCACAUGCCCUGUGGUUGAUGAGCGCGUCCCGGGACAACUCGGACUGCUUCUGCGAGCUUUGUCCCAAGUACAAGGAGAAGGUCAAGCAGGAGAGGUCAAAGGUCCAGCUGGCUCCCCCGCAGCAAAAUUCACAACCCCGUGGCCCGGCGCCCACCUCUCGUCCAGCCCCCACCGCGUCGAAAUCUCCUGCGCCCUCCCAAACACCAGCCCAGACGCCUACCCAAACCCGCUCCUCUCAAUAUCAACAGCAGCAGCAGAAGCAGCAGCAGCAACAGCAACAACAGCAGCAACAACAACAGCAGCAACAACAACAGCAGCAACAGCAGCAGCAGCAGCAGCAGCAGAUAUACCAGUCACAGCAGCCGCAGCAGACACAGCUCUUCCCCGCGGGCACUACUGGCUGGACAAAUGUGUUCCGCGUCGGCGAGCUCGUCUGGUACAACCACACCGCUUGGCGACUGGGCGUAGUCCUCGCUAUUACCCCCACGGCCGACACCCACCCCGGGAUGCCAGACGCGGAGUACCAGUUCACGCUUGGCCCCCUCGGCCACGCUCUGCUGGGAGAGCAGCCCAACGUGGUCAAGAACUGCCAGUCAAUGCGGCCUUUCCUCACCUUCUCCGUCCCCGGCGUCAACGGCGACGACUUCAAAGACAAGACCUUCGACCAGGUCAACUGGCAGGCCCUGAUCGCCGCCCACCUCUCCCGCGCCCCCAACGCCGCCAACCGGGAGAGCCGCCGCCAGCAGCUAGGCCUCGAGGCCUCUAAGAUGGGCGCCCGAGCCAUCAACGACGCCUUCUCUACGCUCGACCUCCGGGGCCAACGCGCCACUCCCGACGGCUCGCGGGUGAUCCAGUCUUAUGGGGGGAUCUACCUCGGUGCCGAGUUGGUCCGCGUCGGUGACCCGAUUCGCGUCGCUUCGACUCCAUCCUCCGGUCCAGGCGCCAACGACACAGGUGAAGCUGACGCCAACGUGGUGAUGGUGGUGGCCGACAUCCAGGUCGUGACCGCCAGUUCCGCCGCGGUUGAAGGUUCCGCGGCGUCGUCCCGUGCGGCCCUGUACUUCCAGGGCACGCUCUACCAUGCAGUGCGACACCCGACAGGGCCAGGCAUCUCACACCCAGCACACGCCAUAGACCCGGCCGCUGGUGGUCUCCCAGCCGCCUUUGUCGAGGAGAUGGCCACGCGCAACGCCAUCGAGCGGGAUGGUUCCGCGCGCUGGAGCUGGGUGCAGUUGCUGCCCAAGACCGCGGAGGCAAUGGACACGACAGCAGCGUCGGGCGCGCCAGAUGUGCGCCCAUCAGCCAUGGUGCAUCGGGCCGAACCGGACGUUCACGGCCGGUUCUACGUCACCGAGCGGUUGAUGGGAGCCAUCAACGCGGCGCUGCUGCAAUCGUGGACGGAGCGGGGACUGUUGGAGGAGGCUCCUGCCUAUCUCAACAAUCGUGGGCACAGCGGUGCCGUGGGUGAUGGUGGGACUGGUUCGGGUGCCGCUGGCAGUGCGGGUGGUGCAUCGGGACACCAGGCCACGGUGGUUGGCAACCGCAAGCCCUCUAGGAAAGCUACUCUGGGCCAAGCCGUGGCCGUGGACUUCCACGCGCCAGAGGGGGUGGUGGAGAACUAA